AUGGUUGUCAAAAGCGUUCUCCACAUGAAUGCAGGCAUCAAAGGAGACACUAGCUAUGGCAAUAACUCAAGGUUAUUAUCCACCCACAACAACAGUAGCCAACCAUCUGAGAUUCAAAUCUCCUCAAAUGAUCUUCCAGAGAAUGAUUUCAACUCUGUUUUCAAAUCCUUGCCACCAUUUUACAACAAGCUCAAGAGAGAGAAAGGAGAAGACGAUGAUCAGUUAGCACCUUGUUUUGUAUCGGGAGUGCCAGGCUCCUUCAAUAGAAGGUUUUUCCCAAUAGAGUCUGCAAUUUGUUCAUUCCUCUUACAGUCUUCAUUGGCUCUCUCAGGACUGGAGAAUAACAAAGGGAACAUAUACAAUGCCAAGACAAGUCCUCUUGAUGUAUUUGAGGCAUAUUCAAAGCAAUUCCAGAGGGACUUCUCAAGGAGCAUUGUAGAUCCCACCUGGGACGAUUGUUGCUUUGUUUGGGAACUGCUAACGAAAUCACCUCUCGAUAUGGUGCCUGAGGGGCUCGUUCAAGAGGAAGACAUUGAUUCAUUCAAUAUGCCUUUCUAUACGCCCUACAAGGAUGAAGUAAAAGAUAUAAUUGAAGGAGAGGGGUCCUUUACACUUGACAAGCUAGAAGUCUUUGAAGACAAACACAAGACCUUUGGUAAUGACAACAUUGGGAGAAUUGUGGCCAAAAGCAUAAGAGCUGUUGUGGUGCCUAUGUUUUCUAGUCAUUUUGGUGACUCUAUAAUUGAUAAUCUGUUUGAGAGGUUUGGGGAGUGUGUGGAUGAAGAACUAGAUGUGGAGAAGGCAAAGUAUUUUGAUAUAGUCAUUGCACUGGAAAAGAGAUAA